CAAGACUUGUUUUCUUCCUUCCAUUCCACUCAAACCCUUUCAUUUCUUUCGGUCAAAAAUCCAAAACCAAAUGGCCGAUCAGAUUGCAAAGGCUGAAGAUUUCGAACGCAAAGCGGAGAAGAAGCUCAGCGGUUGGGGCCUCUUCAGCUCCAAAUACGAAGACGCCGCCGAACUCUUCGAUAAAGCCGCCAAUUCUUACAAGCUCGCCAAAUCCUUUAACAAAGCUGGGGAAACAUAUGUGAAGUUGGCAAACUGUCACUUGAAGACUGAAAGCAAACAUGAAGCUGCCACAGCUUAUGUUGAUGCCGCGCAUUGCUACAAGAAAACAUCUUUUGAUGAGGCCAUUUCUUGCCUAGAGCAGGGUGUAAAUUUGCUAUGUGAUAUUGGAAGGCUGAAUAUGGCUGCAAGAUACUAUAAGGAAAUUGCCGAGUUAUAUGAAGAGCAACAAAAGACUGAGAAGGCUAUUGACUUCUAUGAAAGAGCAGCUGACUUUUUCCAAAAUGAAGAAGUUACGACUUCUGCCAACCAGUGCAAGCAGAAAGUUGCUCAUCAUGCUGCUCUGAUUGAACAAUAUCCCAAGUCUAUUCAAAUAUAUGAGGAAAUUGCACGUCACUCACUCAACAACAACUUGCUGAAGUAUGGGGUCAAAGGACAUCUCCUUAAUGCUGGCAUAUGCCAACUCUGCAAAGGAGAUCCUGUUGCAAUCGGCAAUGCAUUAGAGAAAUACGAGGAACUGGAUCCAACUUUCUCAGGAACAAGGGAGUAUAGAUUUUUAAAGGAUAUUGCUGCUGCACUUGACGAAGAAGAUGUUGCUAAGUUCACUGAUGUGGUGAAAGAAUUUGACAGCAUGACCCCACUGGAUUCUUGGAAGACCACGCUACUGCUGAGAGUGAAGGAGAAGCUGAAAGCCAAGGAGUUGGAGGAAGAUGAUCUGACCUAAACUAAUAGUAGUACAAGAUGUUGUGUGGUCCUGUUAUUGGGUUUCGAAGAUUCGAUUUCAUUGCACUGGAUUUGUAAUUUAAUUGCAUUUCUUUUGACGAUGUGUAUUACUGUAGUAAGUUUGGUAUCUAAUCAGAGUGGGUGUGCACUUAUAUUGA